AUGAUUUCGUUAAGAAUUAUUUCUGUCGCUGCUUGCGUUGCCAUUUUUACCAUUGCAUUAGUGCUGAACGACGUCGAAGCGAAUCCCCAAAUCGAUCUUCUCGGUGGGUACGAUAUCAUUGGAGUUUGCAUCAACAACUGUGCUCAGUGCAAAAAAAUGUUCGGUGAAUUCUUCGAGGGCCACCUGUGUGCCGAGGCGUGUAUUCAGUUCAAGGGAAAAAUGGUACCGGACUGUGAGGAUAUCAACUCCAUCGCUCCGUUUCUGAACAAGCUGAACUAG